UCUGUCUCAUCACUCACAGCCUUCCUCUCCUCUUCACUGCCUCCAGUUUGCAUGUGGUUGUUUACGUAUGAACGUGCCUUCAUGUGAGAUGUGAGUAAGCCAGAUCUUCUUCACUUGGGACCUUAUUUUCAGUCUCCACCGGGAAGGCUGCACUACUGACACUCGGAUCCUGAGAAGUGGAGCCAUUGUGUUGGUUCUUUGUUUUAUUUGGAUUCCCAAAGCAGAACCUCUUUCGUUGUGCAUCAGAGGAGACACCAUGGGGUCCAGUUCCUCCUCUUUCCCUCACCGAAACAUUUACCUGGAUGUUGAUGGGAAGGUGCAAAAGGUGGUAUUCAGUCAGCACAGCAGUCCAUGUGACAUCAAGGAACUUUUAUGUUCCUCAUCCAACCUUCCCAGGAACACAGCAAUCAAGUUGAUAAAUCCAGAAGGGGCCAUGGUCUCUAUUGAUGCCACAGUGCCGGCCAACUCUCCAAAUUUUCUUUACAAAGUUGUCCCAUUGUCCACCAGUCAGCCACCAGAGAGAGAGGACAUGUUUCAGAGCUUGUUAACUCAGGUUGCUGAGCAGUUUACCAGAGCCUUUCGCAUUAAUGAGCUGAAGACUGAAGUCACCAACCGACUGGCAGCACUGGAGAAGAGAGUUGAAAUGGAGGGCUUGAAAGUAGUCGAAAUUGAAAAGUGCAAAAAUGAUUUGAGGAAACUUCGAGAUGAAGUGACAUCAAGAGGUGGAAGCAGCUUCACAGAUGAAGGGAAGAAGGUCACACCGAGACGAGAUGUCCCCACCUACCCGAAGUACACACUUUCUCAGGAGACCAUUGAGGCACUGAAGAAGCCAACAUUUGACGUUUGGCACUGGGAACACAAUGAGAUGCUAAGUUGUCUGGAAUUCAUGUACCAUGACUUGGGACUUGUGAAGGAAUUCAACAUGAAUCCCAUUAUACUUAAACGCUGGCUGCUGGCAAUCCAGGAAAACUAUCGCGAUAAUCCCUUCCACAACUUUCGUCAUUGCUUCUGUGUUAGUCAGAUGAUGUAUGGCAUGAUUCACCUCUGCAGCCUGCAGGGGAAGCUGACACUCACAGAUUUGGGCAUUUUAAUGACAGCUGCAGUGUGUCAUGACCUGGACCACCCUGGCUACAACAACACGUACCAAAUCAAUGCUCGCACAGAGCUGGCAGUGCGCUACAAUGACAUCUCCCCUCUGGAAAACCAUCAUUGCGCUGUGGCUUUUCAGAUUCUGUCCCUUCCUGAGUGCAACAUCUUUGCUAAUGUCGAUCCAGAGACAUUCAGAAAGAUCCGACAGGCCAUUAUCACUCUAAUUCUGGCCACGGACAUGGCUAAGCACGGUGAGAUUCUCGAAGGCUUCAAGCAGAAACUGGACAACUUUGAUUUUAACAAUGAGGAGCAUGUUACAUGUCUAAAGAAGGUGUUGAUUAAGUGCUGCGAUAUCUCCAAUGAGGUGAGGCCAUCUGAGGUUGCUGAGCCCUGGGUGGACUGUUUGCUGGAAGAGUACUUCAUGCAGAGCGACAGAGAGAAGUCUGAGGGACUUCCAGUAGCUCCCUUCAUGGACAGAGACAAAGUUACCAAACCGACAGCUCAGAUUGGGUUCAUCAAGUUUGUCCUCAUCCCUAUGUUUGAGACUGUCAUGAAGCUAUUCCCUCAGAUCGAAGAAAUCAUGGUUCAGCCUUUGAGAGACUCUCGGGACCAUUAUGAGGAGCUGAAGCAGCUUGAAGACUCAAUGACAGAGCAGUCUUCUUUCAUGAGCCGAUUGAGGAAAGACUUGAAAAGUGAGUGAGGCCCCGGUGAAGACAUCCAGUGCUGACUACUAAAACUGAUUCUGAGGAUGACAGCUGAAGCAGAGGGCCGAGAUAUGAGUGUUAUAGCUCUUCAGCAGGCUGAGCUAAAAUUAGUCAAUGCAUAUCUUU